GAAGAACACGAAUGGAGGCAGAGUAAUGGCAGCAAUAAAAUAAUCCACCCUAACAUUCUCCCAAACUGAAAAAAAAAAAAAUAGAAUUCACACUAUUUCCGUUUUAAAAUGUGUGAUACAUUGCCACCCGCACUGUUUCAGACACUAUCUUUGUAAACAAUAUGACUUACAUGACUAACAAUUAGUUUGAUGCGUGAUCGAGGGAGAAAUUCUAAUUUAGAAUAACAGGAAGAAUUUUCAGAAUUUUCGAAAUAUUUCCUGCAGUUUAAGACAUAGCCUUCAAAACCAAUAGUUUGACAAUGUUAUUUUAAUAGUUUUUAUUUUAUCUUUAUUUAUUUACCCAGCUAAUUGGCUACCCGCUAGAUUUAAUUGUUUUCCAAAUUUAUGUUUAAGCAAACUUGAAAAAGGAAUUAUUCGUCAGUUGAGAAGCCGCUUUGUAACUUUUCUACAGUGAAACGUUUCCACAGAGAGCUGAUCGAAUACAGCUGCUACAAACAGCCAUAUCAUCUUACCAACUAAAUGGCAGCAGCAAACUUUACUGGAGAUGGACAGCAGAAACCAGUUGAGCAACUCGUGUGUUCCGCAGGAUUAACCGCUGGACUACACGGCCAGUUGACAUUUAUUUCAGUUUUAAACACUUUUCUGUCCGUUACUGCAUUUCUUGGGAAUGCUCUAAUCUUAAUUGCUCUUCACAAGGAGUCUUCACUUCAUCCGCCGUCCAAACUCUUGCUUCGCAGUCUUGCAACAACUGAUCUCUGUGUUGGUCUAUUUGUAGAGCCUCUCUCUGUUGGCUAUUGGAUGUCUGAGGUGAAUGAACAUUGGAAUAUUUGUCCUCACCUAUCGGCGGCAAGUUUUCUAAUAGGUUAUAUCUUGUGUGGAGUGUCGGUCGCAACUCUGACUGAACUAAGCGUGGACAGACUUCUCGCCUUGUUGUUGGGACUGAGGCACAGACAAGUUGUAACUUUAAAGCGAAUGUACCUGAUCGUUAUCACCACUUGGGUUAUUGCCGCUGCCUUUUCAGGAAUGGUAUUUUGGAAUCCAGUAAUAACCAUAUGGUAUGGCACCAUAGCUAUACCCCUAUAUCUUAUAAUCUCGAUCUUCUCUUACACAAAGAUUUUCCUCACCCUCCGUCAACAUAACACUCAGAUUCACAGCCGCAAUGUUCAACAACCGAGCCAAGCAAAUCAACUGAACAUAGCGCGAUACAAAAAGGCCGUUUCCACUGUAAUAUGGUUGCAACUGACGCUGGUCGCUUGUUAUCUACCUCAUGGUGUAGUGACUGCUUUGAGGGCUAAGAGUGGACUAUCUGUAUCUGUUUAUCACGCUAGGAUUUAUACAACCACUUUAAUUUUCUUAAACUCGUCUUUAAACCCGAUUCUUUACUGUUGGAAGCUAGAUGAAGUUAGACAAGCAGCGAAGGACACAAUGAGACAAGUGCUUUGCCAUUGUUUUACAAGUUAGUUCUUGUAGACCAAUACGAUGAAAAGGGUUAAUGAUGUUAUACGACUAAGAUUUUAGAAGUUCUCCUAACCAUUGCCUAAGAUUAAAAGUGGUGCUUACUCAUUUUAAUAUAUCAGUAUGAAAUGUUUUUUCCAGCAAUAAGAUAGCCGUUGAGAAAGUUUUCAUCAUUGUUGUAAAGAAAUAUAAAAAUUGUUCUAAAAUGUAAGUUUACCAUGCAACAGUGAAUAAAGAUGAAAAACAAUAAAUUGCCAUUUUUCUUCGUGUGGACUUCAUCACGCAUAAUUAAAAGAGAUUAGACUCUUGACAAAAUACAGUCAUUAAGUUAAACAAUAAGAAGGUUUUGAUGUUGUUUUCGCUCAUAAAACAUGCCGAAAGCGCGGAGUUUUUAUGCGAUAUGAGAUGGGUGUGUUAUUAUGACAGGAAAAGUCGUUAACG